AAAGCUUGAGAAAGAACAUAAAAUAUCUUGUAGAUUACAGCAGCUAAAGAUCACAGCAACCGACAAACAAAAUGAGCAGAUGAACAGAACAAAAACUGCUUUAGAACCAGAACCCAGUAUUAAAUCCAAUCUCUCUGCAAAUCCCAGAUCAUAAAAGUAUCUAAGAGAAAAAUCUUGGUUUCCCCUAUAAAACAAAGCUUUGAUGAUGGAGUCGAGUAGAAAUGACUCGUUUACAAGCGAUGAGAAUGUGCCAGAAAUAGUGUGCCUCUCUAUCAUUGUUCUUGGUGCCUCUGGUGAUCUUGCCAAGAAAAAGACUUUCCCUGCUCUCUUUCAUCUUUAUUCCCAGGGAUUUCUACCACCUGAUGAGGUGCAUAUUUUUGGCUAUGCAAGGACUAAGAUUUCGGAUGACAAAUUGAGAAAUCGCAUUCACGGAUAUAUUGUCAGUGACAGAAGUGCUUCACCCUCGGAAGAUGUUUCAAAGUUCUUAAAUCUGGUUAAAUAUGUAAGUGGGUCAUAUGAUUCCGCUGAGGGCUUUCAACUGUUAGACAAGGAAAUUGAAAAGCAAGAAACCUCAAAAUGUAGUCGAGAAGGGUCGUCUCAGAGACUCUUUUAUCUCGCACUUCCACCAUCGGUAUAUCCAUCAGUUUGCAAGAUGAUAAGGAAAUAUUGCAUGAACAAAUCUGAUCUUGGUGGAUGGACUAGAGUUGUUGUUGAGAAACCAUUUGGAAAAGAUUUGGACUCUGCAGAGAAACUGAGUUCCCAGAUUGGGGAGUUGUUUGAUGAGACUCAAAUUUACCGUAUCGAUCACUACUUGGGAAAAGAAUUGGUUCAGAACCUGUUGGUACAUCGUUUUGCUAAUCGCUUCUUCUUGCCCCUUUGGAAUCGUGACAAUAUUGAUAAUGUACAGAUUGUGUUCAGGGAGGAUUUCGGAACCGAAGGUCGUGGUGGAUAUUUUGAUGAAUACGGAAUUAUCCGCGAUAUUAUCCAAAACCAUCUGUUGCAGGUUCUUUGUCUUGUUGCUAUGGAGAAGCCUGUCUCUCUCAAACCUGAGCAUAUUCGUGAUGAGAAAGUGAAGGUUCUUCAAUCAGUACUCCCAAUUAACGAUGAAGAGGUUGUACUUGGACAAUAUGUAGGUUACAGAGAUGAUCCUACGGUUCCCGACCACUCAAAUACUCCGACAUUUGCAACUGUUAUUCUCCGUUUACAUAAUGAAAGAUGGGAAGGUGUUCCAUUUAUACUAAAGGCAGGGAAAGCUUUGAAUUCAAGAAAGGCGGAGAUACGCGUUCAAUUUAAGGAGGUUCCUGGGGAUAUAUUCCAAUGUCAAAAGCAAGGGAGAAAUGAGUUUAUCAUACGCUUACAACCUUCUGAAGCUAUGUACAUGAAGCUAACAGUGAAGCAGCCUGGUCUGGAGUUCUCAACGGUGCAAAGUGAACUGGACUUGUCAUACAGGCAACGCUAUCAAGGUGUUACGAUCCCAGAAGCUUAUGAACGUCUUAUUCUUGACACGAUAAGGGGUGAUCAGCAGCAUUUUGUACGUAGGGACGAGUUAAAGGUGGCAUGGAAGAUUUUCACGCCACUUCUGCACCGGAUCGACAAUGGCGAAAUGAAUCCGUUUCCAUAUCAACCGGGCAGCCGUGGUCCUGCAGAAGCAGAUGAGCUUUCAGCUAAAGCUGGUUAUGUUCAAACAGAUGGAUACACUUGGAUUCAUCCAACCUUGUAGAAACUAGCUAACUAGCGGCAUUCCAUCUCCAUUUCCAUACAAGUCGAGGUAUAGACGACGUUCAUAUCACAUCCAACAAAAUGCAGCCAUAUAAGACUGUUAUCCGAACCAUCGGUUUAUAGCAUGUUAAUGUUAUGGGUAAAUUAUAUCA